UAACGGUAACCGAAUCUCUCAAGGAAGCGCGUCGUGUGAUGGAACCAUUCAAACCCAGCGAUCUCCUUUCGCUAUUCAGGAACUGUUAGGAUUGGGUUCGACUCCGGUGGAUCCCAAAUCGAACUCCAACAGACAGUCGACGGGUGGUUGUUCUUCUCUUUGUCUACCCAUGACUCCUUAUCUGCCCGCCACCAGUCAGAGUUAUCAAGGAAGAAGCACGGCCGACGGACACUGUUACGCCGAUUCUGGAAGAGUGUACUUCAGUCCACCGACUACUUUCGUGUCCGGACUAACUGCCUUAACACCCUCCGUCUUUGGUUUCGACCAGUCCAGUCCGGCCAUACAUCAGACGGACGCUAGGACAGAUUAUGAUUGGGCUGCGGAAAGAUUACAAGACGAUUAUUCGUAUUCGCAGGACCUACAUUACUCGGGGCUUCUCUCCGAUUUUAACAAUAAAUCUUACUCGGCCGAGGAGCAAAAUGUGACUAAGAAGAAGAAGAAGAGAAGGCACAGAACAAUAUUUACUAGUUAUCAAUUGGAAGAGUUGGAAAAGGCCUUCAAGGAAGCUCAUUAUCCGGACGUGUACGCUCGAGAAAUGUUAUCUCUGAAAACAGAUUUGCCCGAAGACAGAAUACAGGUGUGGUUUCAAAACAGAAGAGCAAAAUGGAGGAAGACGGAAAAAUGUUGGGGCAAGAGCACGAUCAUGGCCGAAUACGGUCUCUACGGUGCCAUGGUACGACAUUCGUUACCACUACCAGAGACUAUACUGAAGAACAAGGAUGGGAAUUCCACUUCUUGCGCACCUUGGUUACUAGGAAUGCAUCGCAAAUCGUUGGAAGCGGCGGAAAAAUUAAAAGAAGCUGAUUCGACUACGGAAAGGGAGGAUAAGUUGCAACAGACGGGAGCUGAGAGCGCUCAAAAUUCCGAUCAUUCAAGCGAUUGUUUCGCUCAGAGAAGAAGCAAAGCCGAAGGAAACGGAGUGGCAAAUGUUCCAUCUUCGUUUUUCUAGGUUUAUCUUUAUAAAAAAAAAGUGUACAAUAUAUUCAGUCGGGACGGGUAAUUCUGUUGCUCAAAAUUUAUGUUUUAAA